UGAUUGGAGGAGGUCUGCGAGAUGGACGAGGCGUACGCAAGUUGUCCGAGUACGCAACCCAGCUGCCACAAGAGGAAAAAAAACGAUACCUAAACAAGAUCGCCCCGCUUAGCUACACGGAUCCGUAUACGGCAACUCUCCGGAAGGAUUAUAAUUAUCCGACAACUGUGACGGUGGGCCAUGCGGUUAAAUAUAUCCUCGACUGUUCCACUACAAAGAAGUUUAACAACGCCCGAAGUGUCGAGGCGUACAAGAAGUUUGAAGCGGGUUUCGUGAAUGGUGUCGAAGGUGGCAGGAUAAAUGACCUACAUCUGGUCAGGGCGAAGGUAGCUGUUCAUAAUGUUUUAUUUUAAGAUUCAAUUGACAAUUCCCAUUUCAGAUUAGCCAUUCGAUGCGUCUACACGAGAAGCCUUUGACGGUUUGGGUCGUCGUAGAGAAAGAUGGAAACGUCCAGAGCGCACAUUGUGACUGCGUUGCCGGCUUAGGCGAGACUUGUAGCCACGUGAGUACGCUGCUGUACGCAUUGGCAAACUUGCACCAUAUGACUACAUGCCAGAAGGUACCUUCUUUAUUUAAAAAUUAGAACGUGACAUUAAAAAGAAAUCAUUCUCUAGUUGACGGUUACGCAACUUCCUGCCUACUGGGCGAGGCCAGCGAAACGUUUUAAGGAUGAUCUCUACCGCGCCAUCAAGGACAUCGACUAUGGCUUUAAGAUAUCGCACUUCGCUGAUAUUGAGAUUCACUCAAGCGAAUCGGAUUUUAUGGAUUUUGUUAGCUUGCUUGCAGACGAUGACGACGAACCCGUUCUCAGGCGCAAAUUUUGCAAAGCGAAUGCCUUAUGCCGUGACUGCCGUUCCAGCCAGAUUCCCAACGAGAUCAUGUUCAACAGCAACAUUUUGCUGUCCAGACUACACAGUCUUACAUUGGAGACAUUGGGCGCGGAAAGGAUUGCAGAAGAGGCUAGAAACGUUAACCUGGUCCUUACUGACGAAGAAGUGAACGAGAUUGAGAAUUUGACGCGGAAGCAAGCAAAGUGUGAGCUGUGGGGGUGGGUACGAAUCGGCCGGAUUACCGCAUCCAUCUUUCUGGAAUGCAUCCAUGCACGUACAGACUCCGUUCCGGCCAAAAUGAGUCUUCUGAAGAAGAUUUGCCAUCCGGAUUUCUCGGAGAUCAACUCGGCUGCUGUGCGUUACGGCAAAGCGAACGAAACAAAAGCGAGCCUGGUCGUGCAAAAAUUGCUGGAAGGCCACCAAAAUGUACGGUUCGACGAGUGCGGAAUUUUUGUCGAUAAAACCCGUCCGUACCUGGCUGCCACCCCGGACUUAAUAAUGCGUUGCGACUGCUGCGGAACAGUUUGCAUUGAGAUUAAAUGUCCAUUCCGGCUCGCGAAGAAAAGCCAACUGAACAAGGAUCUUAAAAUUAUUGAUUUGGAUUUUAUAGAUGGAAAUGAUGGUACCCUGAAGGAGCAGCACAAGUAUUUCUGGCAAGUGAUGGCCCAAAUUCAUAUUACUGGAUCAAAUUAUGGAUUAUUCUUUGUUUGGAGCGAAGGGGAGCACACUCUGAUUAAAAUUGACAAAGAUGAUCGGCGAUGGAGUGAAGCUUGUGAUAAAGCCAACUUGUAUUUCACCAACAUCAUUCUGCCCAUAGCUUCUGGCAAAUUUCUUCUCGAACCGCUUGCUUUCCUAAUCACUCCCUUUCUCUUUUCUUGACGAUUACUU